AUGGGGCCGCUGCCCAAGCCUCGCAGCGCUGCGCCGUUGCCGCCACCGUCGCCACCACAGGCGGCGGCCAAGCUACCAGCCAAGGGCAACAAGACCAAGAAGAAGGCAAAGCACCCGCUGCAGAAAGGCCGCUUCACAUGGGGGCUGCGAAUGCGCGCCAAGAAGCAAGACGUCGCGGCGCGCAUGAUCCAGCGGCUCUUCCGCAGCUACGCGGCUCGGUGCCGCCACAUUGAGAACCGCUAUCGCGUGCGCAUGGCCAUGACGCGCGUCAAAGCGCACCACGUGCUCUUCGACCGAACGCAUUGGCAACAGGUUGACCUGCACGCACUCAAGCGCACCGAGCUCGAAGACCUGGCGCUCCGGCUCGAGAUUCCGGGGUUCACGGGCAAGAAGGGCCAGCUCAUCCAGUCGAUCCAGCACUGGAUCGACUUGCGCAUGCACGUCCGCGACGUGGCACUCGAAGCGGCCACGCGAGCCAACGACAAGAGGCUCCAGGCCCAAGGCGGCGUGUACGUGCUGGCAGCAACACCCGAGAGUCGGCCCACCAUCUUACGACCGCUCAGUGGUCGCAGCAUAUCAACUGUCGCAGCGAACUUUGAGUCGGAGGCCGUGUACGCCAUUGACACGGCCAAGGGCAUGGUCUGGCUCUGCAAAACGUCGGGCUUGGCCGCCCAAGUCGGUCUCUGCAGCACACUGCGGGACCAAGACGUCUUCACCGACCCGUACGCAGCGCAGUGGCUCGUGACGCCCGUUCCGAUGCAGACGCUCCGCAUGGGCCACAUCCAAUCACUCUGCGUCGGCCACACGCAUGCGGCGGCACUCGCGUCGACGGGCGAGAUGUACAUGUGGGGCAACAACCCGUACGGCCAGCUCGGCCUCGACCACGCCGUGCGCGCGCGCCAGCGGCCGUUCAUUGUCGGCGUCACCGAGACGUACACGACUGUCUCGAUCGGCGUCGGCACCCAACACUCGCUCGCGGCAUGCGACAAUGUCAAGGAGCAGAACGGGGUCGUGUUUGCGUGGGGUGGCAACGCCCAUGGGCAGCUGGGGCUGGGAGCGAGUGCGAUGGUGUCCACCCCACAGCGGAUCGCAGCGCUCGAGGACAAAAACGUGCGCAAGGUUGCUUGCGGCGCCAUGCACUCGCUCGUUGCGACCGACACGGGCGACAUGUACGCGUGGGGCUGCAGCGACGGAGGCCGCCUCGGGCUAAUCAGCAGCGACGCCCGCGUCACCGAGCCGAGGCGCAUUGAAGGUCUCUCGCCGCCGUUCCACUGUGCGAUCGCAGUGGCGUGUAGUGCGUGGCAGUCGGCGGCCAUUUUGGCUGAGAGCCCUGCACUGAACGCUGGCACGGUGUUUACUUGGGGCACGGGCGUGUACGGCCAACUGGGACUCGGCAGCAACCAAGUCGCGCAGAGCCCCCAAAUGGUGCCGCUGCCACCCAUGAAGUCACCGGGCGACCCGCGAGAGAGCGUGCGAAUGAUUGCAUGUGGCUUGCAGCACAUGGCCGCGCUGACCGUGCAAGGCCAUUUGUACACGUGGGGCAGCAAAGACGCCUUUAGCCCGCUCCCGCACCUCCUCUCUGCAAAGCACCGACCCCGAGGCCGGAUAGCGUCGCUGGCGUGCGGGGCCUCGUUUACGAUCUUCUGCACGCUGCCUGUCGACGAGGUGCUGUACGAAGCGCCGACGCGCCACUUGCUGUGGCAGACCAAGCGCCUCGAAGUGCCCAAGCUCGACAUGAGUCGUCUUCCGACCGAGAUGCGACUCACGUCGGCCGACAAGGUUGUGCCACGACUACAGCCCGAGGCCGAGCGCUACGAAAACGUCCAAGCCGCCCAAGACGAAGCCGAGCGCAUCGAAGCUGUCGACCUCGACACCUGGCUCCACCCGCGGUGCCGACUUUGCUGGUUUUGCACGGGGUUUCAAAUCACGCUGACCAAGCUCAAGCUCUGCCGUGUCUGCAAACACAACCGCGAGUUUCACGGGCGGCGCGAGGGCCCCAUGACGCAGUACGAAGCCGUGCGCAAGGUUCAGAGCAAGUGGCGGCAGCGCCAAGGCACUCGGUUUCUCCACAGCCUCUUUCUGGAGCGCGUCCAGCGCGUCUUUUCGAUCCGUCACAACGCCUUCUUCUACUACAACACGUGCAACCGCGCCAAGACGUGGGUGCGGCCGACGCUACUGCCGUCCACCAUGGACUGCCCGAUACGAGACCCCGACGACGCCUUUGUCAAACCACCGCUCACGGAAGACGAUGCUGCAAGCGUCAUUGCUGGCCUCUACCGUGGGUGGAAAUCGCGCAAAAAGCUGGCGUCCGUGCUGCGCGCGCGGUUCGAGCAGUGCACGGACCGCCAGGGCCGGACCUUCUACCGCGACCGGUGCACGAAUGCAACGCGCUGGGACCUGCCGCUGCAGCGAAAGCGAAAGCGAGAACAGCCUGGCACGACGGUGUCUCAUAAGGCAAAGCGGCCGUCGACCCAAGAUGACGCUCUCGUACUCCUCCAGCGCUGGACACGAGGCGUUCUCGGUCGCAUGGCGGUCGCCCAGCUCGUGCGCCGCCUGUAUCGGGCGCUACUGGACCCGUCGACGGGCAACACGUAUUAUUACAACACCCGCACCAAGCAAGUGACGUGGACGAAACCAAGGUGGCUCCGAGAUGCUGGCCAGUCAAAGCGCCGCCGUCGACAGACACCGUUCUCCGAAGACGAGGCGGCGUCGACGCUGCAGCGCAUGUACCGCGGUCGUCUUGCGCGCCGCCUCUUGGCGCAGCUGCUGCAAGAGCGCUUCCAAAAAGUCUGGGAUCCAACAGCGCAACGCUACUACUUUGUCGACAAAGAGACCAACAACGCCGUCUCGAGCGUCCCCAAGGCUGCCCAGAGCAUCGACACGCUCGUGCUGCCAAAAAUGCGACGCAAGCGGCGAAAAAAAAGAGUGUUGACGCCCGACACGGCCGCGCUGCUAGUCCAAAACAUUUACCGCGCUCGCCAAGCCCGACGCGCCGCAGCCGUUCGAGCCAACCGAGUGAUUGAGCAAAUCUGGGAUCCGUCGUCGAAUGCCUUCUUCUACCACAACAAGCAAACGCACGCCGUGUCGUGGACCAAACCUCCGUUCUGGGUUGACAAGGUUGCGACGGCAACGCCACUGGAAAAUGCAAAGGAAUCUUCACCCGAGCAAGCCACGACGCCGUCAGAGGUGCCGACAACCGAGUCUACGUUGGCCAGUCGCCCCCACCGGCGACGUGCGUACUGCAUCACCGACGCCAACGAGGCGGCUGUGCUGCUGCAAACCCACUUUCGCCGUCGGAAUGCGCGCGACCAGUGCAAAGCAAAGCUCCUGCAGAGGUUCCAGCGGGUGUACGACCCCAACACCAAGCGGUACUUUUACUACGACAAGGAGACGAGCGUGUCGCAGUGGACGGCGCCGCGUAUGCUCGAGCAGCUCCAGAAAACGACUACCAAACAUGUGAGCCAAGAGACAGCGGCCGUCCGCAUCCAAGGCGUCUUCCGCCUCCGCCAAGCGCGCCGCGACGCCCUUGCGCUCGCCCAGUCCAACUACGAAAAGGUUUACGAUGAAGCCAUCCAUGCGUACUACUACUUCAACACCAAGACGGGCGAGUCACAAUGGACAAAGCCCAAGUGCCUUCGAGACGCAGACGCCGUCCUGCACGUCCUCGUCAAUGCAGCGACCGAGCCGACUGAAGAUGUAGCUUUGAGCGCACAACAAGCGUAG